GACUCCCUGUUCCAUUUUAUUCAAAGUGCUUGAGUGUCUGAAGAUUACAGUAUCUUUGGGGUCUUGGAACAUCCCUUGGGAAUACCAAGAGAAGGAAUAAUAUUUUGAAAUUGAGCGUAAUCUGGGACUAAGAUUGAACUAUCUGAAAUGCUAAUAUUGUAGUGCUUCUGAUCUCAAAAAUGGUAUUUUCCUGGAGUUCAACCCAGUGCUGAGGUGUGUUGGGCCCCUGGGGCUGUGAGGUGUGUGAGGUAGGCGUCUGCUCUGGGGAUGGUUGCUGAAGCACGUGUUACAUCUUCAUGGGCAAAAUAUAUCUCUCAGUGCAUUGAUGAAAUCAAGCAAGAACUGAAGCAGGACAACAUCGCGGUGAAAGCAAAUGCGGUCUGCAAGCUGACCUACCUGCAGAUGUUAGGGUAUGACAUCAGCUGGGCUGCCUUCAACAUCAUAGAAGUGAUGAGUGCCUCCAAGUUCACAUUCAAGCGAAUCGGCUACCUUGCUGCCUCCCAGUGCUUUCAUGAGGGGACCGACGUCAUCAUGCUGACCACCAACCAGAUCCGCAAGGACCUGAGCAGCCCCAGCCAGUACGACACUGGCGUUGCACUGACUGGCCUGUCCUGUUUUGUUACCCCAGAUCUUGCCAGAGAUUUGGCCAAUGACAUCAUGACACUGAUGUCGCACACCAAGCCAUACAUCCGGAAGAAGGCCGUGCUGAUUAUGUACAAGGUGUUCCUGAAGUACCCUGAGUCUCUGCGCCCCGCCUUCCCCCGCCUGAAGGAGAAGCUGGAGGACCCUGAUCCUGGUGUCCAGUCGGCAGCUGUCAAUGUCAUCUGCGAGUUGGCCAGGCGCAACCCCAAGAACUACCUUUCCCUCGCCCCACUCUUCUUCAAGCUCAUGACCUCCUCCACCAACAACUGGGUCCUCAUCAAGAUUAUCAAACUGUUUGGUGCUCUGACCCCCUUGGAACCAAGGCUGGGCAAGAAGCUGAUUGAGCCUCUCACCAACCUCAUCCACAGCACGUCCGCCAUGUCCCUCCUCUACGAGUGUGUGAACACCGUCAUUGCAGUGCUCAUCUCCUUGUCCUCCGGCAUGCCCAACCACAGCGCCAGCAUCCAGCUCUGUGUUCAGAAACUAAGGAUAUUGAUAGAAGACUCUGACCAGAACUUAAAGUAUCUGGGGCUCCUGGCCAUGUCCAAGAUCCUGAGGACGCACCCCAAGUCUGUGCAAGCACACAAGGACCUCGUCCUGCAGUGCCUGGACGACAAGGAUGAGUCUAUCCGGCUACGGGCCCUUGACCUCCUGUAUGGAAUGGUGUCUAAGAAGAACCUGAUGGAGAUUGUUAAGAAACUGAUGACCCAUGUGGACAAGGCCGAGGGUACCACCUACCGCGACGAGCUGCUCACAAAGAUCAUUGACAUCUGCAGCCAGUCCAACUAUCAGCACAUCACCAACUUUGAGUGGUACAUCAGCAUCCUUGUGGAGCUGACCCGGCUGGAAGGUACCCGCCAUGGCCACCUCAUUGCCGCACAGAUGCUAGAUGUGGCCAUCCGCGUGAAGGCCAUCCGCAGGUUUGCCGUGUCACAGAUGUCUGCGCUGCUUGACAGUGCCCACCUAGUGGCCAGUAGCACCCAGCGCAACGGCAUCUGCGAGGUGCUCUACGCGGCUGCCUGGAUUUGCGGAGAGUUUUCUGAGCACCUGCAGGAUCCCCAGCAGACCCUGGAGGCCAUGCUGCGGCCCAAAGUCACCACCCUGCCGGGCCACAUCCAGGCAGUGUAUGUGCAGAAUGUGGUCAAGUUGUAUGCGGCCAUCCUGCAGCAGAAGGAGCAGGCUGCGGACGCGCAGGCAGCCCAGGAGGUCACCCAGCUCCUGGUGGAACGGCUGCCUCAGUUUGUGCAGAGCGCAGACCUGGAGGUCCAGGAGCGGGCAUCUUGCAUCUUGCAGCUGGUCAAGCACGUGCAGAAGCUUCAGGCCAAGGACAUGCCGGUGGCAGAAGAAGUGAGUGCUCUCUUUGCUGGGGAGCUGAACCCAGUGGCUCCGAAGGCACAGAAGAAGGUCCCGGUCCCCGAAGGCCUGGACCUGGAUGCCUGGAUCAACGAGCCACUCUCGGACAGUGAGUCUGAAGAUGAGAAGCCCAAGGCCAUCUUCCAGGACGAGGAGCAGCGGCAUGCGAAGCAGCGGCCGCCUGAGGCAGAUGAGCAGGAACUGGCCCGGCGCCGGGAGGCCCGGAAGCAGGAGCAGGCCAACAACCCUUUUUACAUCAAGAGCUCCCCGUCCCCCCAAAAGCGAUACCAGGAUGCACCGGGUGUGGACCACAUUCCUGUGGUGCAAAUUGACCUCUCAGUGCCCUUGAAAGUGCCAGGGAUGCCCAUGUCGGACCAGUACGUGAAGCUGGAGGAGGAGCGGCGCCAUCAGCAGCGGCUGGAGAAGGACAAGAGGAAGAAGAAGAGGAGGGAGCGGGAGAGGCGGGGCACACGGCGCCAUAGCUCAUUGCACACAGAGAGCGAUGAGGACAUCGCACCUGCCCAGCGCGUGGACAUCGUCACUGAGGAGAUGCCCGAGAACGCCCUGCCCAGCGACGAGGAUGACAAAGACCCAAACGACCCCUACAGGGCCCUAGACAUCGACUUGGACAAGCCCCUAGCUGACAGCGAGAAGCUGCCUGUGCAGAAACACAGAAAUGCUGAGACCCCCAAGUCCCCUGAGAAAGAGGACAUCUCCGUAAUAGAAAAAAAGAGCAAGAAACCCAAAAAGAAGGAGAAGAAGCACAAGGAGAAGGAGCGAGAGAAGAAGAAGAAGAGAAAGGAAGCAGAGAAGGGUGAGGACUUGGACUUCUGGUUGUCCACCACUCCACCUGUUGCAGCCCCAGCCCCGGAAGAGCCCAGGGUGAAUGCUGCAGCCACUGCCCCUGAGGAGGGGCUUGAGGAGCCCAGGGAAGAGGUGCAGGAUGCUGACGAGGACGAGCACCAGGAGCCUGAAAAGAAAACUUCCAAGGAGAAGAAGAAGAAACACAAGAAGGACAAGGAGGAGAGGCCCAAAGACAAGAAGAAAUCCAAAAAGAAGACACCUCCAAGGGAAGGAGUGGCUGAGCCCGUGGAGAACGGCGCACUAGAUGAGGAGCCCCUCCCGCCCAUGUCUAGCUACUGCCUCUUGGCUGAAAAUUCAUACAUCAAAAUGACAUACGAUGUGCAGGGCAGCCUGCAGAAGGACAGCCAGGUCACCGUGUCCGUGGUCCUGGAGAACCAGAGCAGCAGCUUCCUCAAGAGUAUGGAACUCAACGUGCUGGACUCACUCAACGCCCGGCUGGCCCGGCCAGAGGGCUCCUCAGUCCAUGAUGGUGUCCCUGUGCCUUUCCAGCUGCCCCCUGGCAUCUCCAACGAAGCCCAGUUUGUGUUCACCAUUCAGAGCAUCGUCAUGGCGCAGAAGCUCAAGGGGACACUAUCCUUCAUUGCCAAGAAUGACGAUGGCUCCACCCAUGAGAAGCUCGACUUCAAGCUGCACUUCACCUGCACCUCAUACUUGGUCACCACACCUUGCUACAGUGAUGCCUUUGCCAAGUUGUUGGAGUCUGGGGACCUGAGCAUGAGCUCAAUCAAGGUUGAUGGCAUUAGUAUGUCCUUCCAGAACCUUCUGGCAAAGAUCUGUUUUCAUCACCGUUUUUCCGUUGUGGAGCGAGUGGAUUCCUGCGCCUCCAUGUACAGCCGCUCCAUCCAGGGACACCACGUCUGCCUCCUGGUGAAGAAGGGUGAAAAGUCGGUGUCGGUAGACGGGAAGUGCAAUGAUCCAACGCUGCUGAGCAACUUGCUGGAGGAGAUGAAGGAGACCCUGGCCAAGUGCUGAACGCACCUCAGGCCACUGUGGAGGGGACUUGCAGGGAGGGCAGCUCCAAGGGCUGGGGCUCUCCUCUCGCUGGGUUUGGGUCUAGCCCAGGAGAUAACAUAAGGCCACUGUCGUCCACUGUGUAGACAGAGAGGUUUAUGUUGCGUUCAUUUAUCCGUCAUUUUUGACUCUCCACGGUCUUUGGUGAGAAGCCCCGCUCCAGUGCCCAGACCAGAAGGGGCUCCUGUAGCUGGAGUGGACUGUCCACAUGGCUGCAGGGGCUGCCCAAGGAUGAUCGGGACCUGGCAAGAUUUGGACAGGCCAGUGCAUCCACGUCUGUCAGUCAUCUGAGUCCUUGAGUCCCCAGGUACCCUGCCCCGUGGCAGCUAGGAAUGAAGAAAGAGCCUGCCAGCUGUUCAGCCAGGAUACACUCCUCUUCAUCCUCAUGCUGAGGGGCACGUUAUCCCCCAGGACACGGUGGGGGAGGGUCAUGCAGGCUGUCGCCUGUCCAAUUCCAUUGAUGUCUUCAUGGCAUCUGGUGGGCAUCCCAGUUGCAGCAGAGACUAGGCUAUGUUGGCUUCCAUGCCCUGGUCGGGGUAUUGUGAGUUGGGGGUGCUGCAGUUCCAGUCCCCUCCUCAUCAUUGGACACCUGCAGGCUUGUCCCCAGUCCUGGAGGGCCCAAUUCUGGGCCCCUCGGCUGUCCUAGGGCAGCUAGGCCCUUGUGUUGUACGUCACGCACAGAGAAGGGGGUCCUGGCCCACCCCCAUGAGACUCAACUUUCCUCAGAGAUGAUGGUCCUCAAUGAUGUUGAACUUUCCUUUUGAUGAAAACUGUCACUUUAGCAUGUAAUCUAUUACAGAAUCCUGUGCAGUGAUUCUAGAACCUCGAAAUUGUAUGAUGUGUUAUAUAAGAACUUCUUUGCUAUUGACAUUCCCGUAUAAAGGACAGAGAGACAUAUCACGCUGCUGUAAUGAUUGUGUCAAGAUGAUCAAUAAACUUGCAAAACAGA